CCGGCUUUGAGAAUAAAAGCAGCGAAGUGGGCGUUCGGGACAGUUUGGUCCCUGUUUGCUUCUCGUCCUCCGGGAAAAGUUUGGAGAAAUGGUGCAGCAGCUGUCCAAAUGUGGGGCGAAGGAGGCUCCCGUGCUGAAGGCUGGUCACCCUCCUGCAGUGAAGGCUGGAGGUAAACGGGUGGCCAAGAAAAGCUUGGAAGAGAGUGCCACCCAUGGGACUCCGGAGAAAGAGACCAAGAGGUCUGAUAAACUGAGCAGGUCCCUUGCCACCUCCAACAGGAUGCAACAAGUUGGCAUUCUUCUGGCAGGAACUCUCGACAAGCUGAGCCAUGACUUUCCAGAGACUCCGGUGAGUGUGAGGCACAGCAAGGUGCGGCCUGCGGUGGAGAAGUCCCACUCGCCCCGGACCUUUUUCAUCCAGCAGCCGAGGAAGUUCUGAGCGGCGCAUGCGUUUCAGAACGGCCCCGGAGGGAGCCGUGUUGAGUCAACCGUGAACGACGAACAUAAAGUGUGAGACACGCGAGGGGACUGAAGGGUUGUCUGUGAAGUGUUGACGGAAAGAAAGCUUUCAUCGAGCUCUGUAUUUAGAAGAGAAAAUGAGCUUUUCCAGGCUGUGCUUAUCUGUGAGAAUACUGUAAACCAGCAUUUAAUGUGCCUUUCUCUAGUGUUGUAAGAAAUGCUGUAGUUGAAUUUACCAGCUGACGGAAAAGAGAUGGCAUUUGGGUAUGUUUAAUGUGACUGUUUGGGGGUGUAAAGUGGGUCUUUUGAGACAGUUUUUUUUUUCCAGUGAAAUCUUCACUAUGUAUUGCUUGGCACUUAUUAGAUUUAAUAAAAAAAACUUACAUUGCAUGUCA